ACAGGCACAGAAGAGGAAGCUCCAGGGCUUUUGAUGUUGAGAGCAUAAAGCUGAAAAGGCUCAACGCUAUUACUAAUUUCAGAAUCAAGUUGUACAACGUUGGUGCCGUUUUGCUUGGAGAAACUGAUCUUGAAAAGGUAAUGUUUCAGAACAUUACUGGCCAAGGCUCCUUGACAAUGUUCUGUGGUACUGCAGGUAAUGUGAAUGGGGUCGGGGUGGAACAAAUUCAAAUGCCAAUGUCAGUAAACACAGAAGAGGCAAAAUUAGUGACAUUGGCAUUUGUAAAAAGAGACACUGGUCAAGGAAGCACGGCCAGGAAAAAGGUCAAUAUAUGCUUAUAA